UGCAUUGCUCGUAUCCACCCGCCCAUAAUGAAGUUCCCACUUUGCGGGGACACCCUUAGUUCGUGAUUUUCAUUUCCCAUGCGCUUUGCUUCAACUGUCGUGCCCAUCUUUUGCCCAUCUUCCAACCCGAAGACGGACGUCUUUUUGAGUCUCUUCGCCGAGUAAGUAUGUGUGUGGUGGGAUGGUGAGAGCUCGCAUUGCUCUAGCCCUGUUAUUCCUAAUGCACGCAACUGCAUCGAUGGCUUCCCACCCCCUCCCUUUCCUCAUGCCUGUUUUCUCUCAUUCCACGGAUCCCGCAGAAACCGUUCCGCACGGAACAAUGGAACAAGCACAACAAGCACUACUCCGGAAGGAUUAUCCAGCAAAUCUGUUCGUGGUGACCAUAGCAUCUCUUCCAUGUUCAUGGUGCAUUUCCUACACCACGAGAUUCCUUAGUCUCGCCCAUAUUUGUCGUUGUAUGGGAAGGCUUUGCGAACAAAGUUCGAUCUGCCGCAAAGUAUCGCCCGGUUGGCCUACGAUCAUUAUAUCACCAUGUUUCGAAUUGUCCCCGCCAAUGGAUCGAUAAUUUGCAGAAUGUAAUUUCUCCAUUGGUCGUGAUCUAGAGGGAACCAAAACUGCAAUUUAAUGACCAGAGCGCAUUUCUGGGUUCACAAACCUCGAAAAUCCAAAGAAGGUAGGUAGGG